CUAGUUCCUAAAGUUUAGAUAAUUUUUAUUGACAUAAGUUUGACAGAUAAGAGGCGAUAAACGUUUUUUUUUUUAAGAAAAAUUUUCAAUGCAGAUUUGAACUGAAAAUAAACAUUUUCCUGAUCUUAAGUAUUUAUUAAAGUAAAUUAUAAAAUAUUAAAUCGUAAUUAUGAGUUUCAACGCAGAAAAAGGAGAUGAUUUUGAAUUAAUUUACUCAUGGCUCGAUGGAAUUCCUUUCUCUCGACCAAAGAAAAAUACAGCUAGAGAUUUUUCCGAUGGAGUUUUAAUGGCUGAAUUGUUAAAAAGAUAUUAUCCUCGACUUGUCGAUGUCUAUAACUACAUUCCUGGGAACAGUAUUUCAAAAAAAAUUGAUAACUGGUGUACAUUAAAUCGUAAGGUCUUGUCUAAAAUUGAUAUGAAACUUUCUAAAGAGACAAUUGAUCGAUUGGCAAAUUCACACAACGGAGUCAUUGAAAAAGUUUUAAACGAUUUGCGUGUAAAAAUUCUUAAAGACUCGAACACAGAUUCAGAAAAUUUAUACAUUGAAGCAGAAGAAAAAGGAAAAGGCGAAUCGACAAGAAAUUACUUAAUUCCAGAAUUAUUGGCAAAUAAAACUGUUCCUCGUGCUGUUUUUAUGCAAUUAAAACAUGAAUUACAGGAGAAAAAUAACGCCAUCAGUAUUUUAAGUGAAAGAGUCUUAGCACUAGAAAGUCAAGUGGAAAUUAAAAAUCAACGAAUACAUGAUCUCACCACACAAAUUUUAUCAUCAAAUCAAAUUCUCAACACGCCAAUUCCUGCUUCAAGAAGUGGAACAUCAAAUAAAACACGAAAAAGUAAUACAAUUAUUAAUUAAUUACUUUUCC